CAAAUAGAUAAAAAUACACCGCUCAGGACAGAUUCAUCAAGAAGCGUAGAUAAACUCCCUGUGCGAGAGAAGGUAUCAGUACGAUCCUUGAUAAUAAUAUAUAACACACACACAUUUUCACGAUUAUCGCUAUCGUUUCUAUAGAGAUAUAUAAUUAUGCCGAAAUUAGUAGGCAAGACAGUGCGUGUGGUAGAGGGUGGUGGUCUGUGCAUUGAUGAACUGAUAGGCAAUGUUGCCUCCAAGAGCGAUAGAGUGUCGGUUGCCAUGGUUACCGCUGCUGCCGGGACUAGCGAGCCCUGGUUGACGCUGCACUCUGACGAAUGGAUCAACGUGGCGAGUGGGAAACUGAUGUUAGAAGUAGAAGGCAAGGCUGAUAUGUAUGUAGCUCAGGGUGAAACCGUGCUAAUCGAAACAGGCACACGGUUUAAAAAAUUCUUUGUAGAAGACACAGUAUAUAUACCGGUGUGUGUACCAGCUUUCACGCCUGAACGGUGCAUACGCGAGAAUACUACCAAUGAAUACCGAGCUAUCUCCACUGGACUCCAGGUGCACCAUAAGAAAGAAGAACCAGCCAGCUCACAGGAUUCAAUUGAAACGAAGCCCGAAGUUAUCUACCACAUGACCACCAAGGCUGAAUGGGAGGAAGUAAAGAAAUCUGGAAAGGCCUACUACCCUGCUACAUACGAGAAGGAUGGCUACUUCACACACGGCACAGGGGUACCCUCACGGUUGAUAACCACCGCUAACAAUUUUUAUCAGGAUGUUGCUGGCGACUGGCUGUGCCUGAAAUUCACCCGGACGGCACUGUACAAUGCAGGUAUACACGUUAAAGAUGAGGAAGCUAUGCCGGUAGGUGAUAAACAAGCAGAGAAUCAGGGGGCAAAGUGGAUAUUCCCGCAUAUCAUUGGCGGAAUACCUCCACACGUGGUGACUAAAGAGUACAAGAUGGUGAGAGACGGUCGCAAGUACGUGUCCAUUGAGGGCCUGGCGUGAAGUUAGAUAUAAAAAUCACAACGUGUACAUACGUUUGUCUGUACUGAAUCGUAAAUAAAUUCAUUUUAGAACUGAUCCA